AUGUGCGCGUGCAGGCGGCUGCACGGCCCAGCGCGGGCAGCGCGCGGAGCCCUGGCUCCCGCCGGGGGGGCACGCGGACAGGGAACGGGCUGGCGCGGACACCUGGUGUCCGGUCAGAGCCUGAGCUCCAGCGGACCUCUGCGGAGUGACUUCUUCAAAGACCUGGAGUCCCACUUUGCAGCGAUGAGAAAGAAGGCCAAAGACGCUCUCCCCGGCAGCGGAUGGAGUCCAUUUGAGAUCAACCCCAACCUUCCUCCAGAGAGAGCAGACAUUGUGAUCGUGGGAGGGGGGGUGGUGGGCUGGUCCAUCGCCUACUGGUUAAAGCAGAGGGAGAGGGUGCGGGAGGGGGUCCGAGUCCUGGUGGUGGAGAGGGACCCCACGUACUCCCAGGCCUCCACGGUGCUGUCAGCAGGAGGAAUCCGCCAGCAGUUCUCCCUCCCGGAGAACAUCCACCUGUCCCUGGCCUCUGCACACUUCAUGAGGAACAUCAACGAGCAUCUCAGUGUGGUGAACCAGGACCCCGUGGACCUGCAGUUCAACCACUCAGGGUACCUCUUCCUGGCCAGUGAGGAGGUGGCUCACAUCAUGGAGAAGAACUACAACACCCAGAGGUAUGGUGAGCCACUCAGAGGCAGCUGGGGGGGGGGGGGGGGGGGGGUCCAGGCCUCCAGCAGCCUCCUGACGCUGUGUUUCAGGCAGGCAGGAGCCAAGGUGUCUCUUCUGUCCCCCUCACAAGUGAAGGGCAGGUUUCCAUGGAUUAACACCGAGGACGUGGCGCUUGCCUCCUAUGGGCUGGAGAACGAAGGCUGGUUUGAUCCCUGGACUCUGCUGAAUGCCUUCAGAAGAAAGGCCAUCUCUCUGGGAGUUACUCAGUGCUUUGGGGAGGUCACAGAUUUUAAAUAUACAACAAACGUAAUGAUGACGGCUGAUGGGGAAUACGUGGACAUGAAGAGGAUACACUCAGUCAAAGUGCAGAUGCCCAACAGCCUGGAGUACCAGCCGGUGGAGUGUGCCAUCGUGGUGAACGCAGCCGGAGCCUUCUCGGGGAGGCUGGCCCAGAUGCUGGGAGUCGGCCUUGGUCCCAAAAACUCUCUCUCUGGAGUCCCAGUGCCUGUAGAGCCCCGGAAGAGGUAUGUGUAUGUGGUCCACUGUCCUGACGGCCCUGGCCUGGACACGCCCUUCCUGAUCGACUACUCCGGAGUUUACUUCAGGAGAGAGGGGCUGGGAGGGAGUUACAUAGCAGGAGUGUCCCCACAGGAGGUCGGUGCCAUCUCAGGGCUGGUUUGGACUUCACAUGUUCUCACUUUAAAAGGAGAACAUCUCGUGCGUCCUCAGGUGGAGGAACCUGAGACCAGUGAUCUGGAAGUGGACCAUCAAUUUUUCGAGGACAAGGUUUGGCCCAGGUUGGCCCUACGAGUUCCUGCUUUUGAGAAGCUUAAGGUGACCAGUGCGUGGGCAGGCUUCUACGACUACAACACCUUUGACCAGAACGCCAUCAUCGGCAUGCACCCUGCCGUCAACAACAUGUACUUUGCCACGGGCUUCAGCGGCCACGGCCUGCAGCACGCCCCCGCCGUGGGCCGGGCCGUGGCCGAGCUCAUCCUGGACGGGAACUUCCAGACGCUGGACCUGAGCGGCUUCAGUUUCCGGAGGAUUCUGAGUCAGGAGCCCAUGCUGGAGAGGAACAUAGUUUAAUGAGCCUAGAAAAUGGACCCGUAAUCAGCCCAGUCGGACAGUUCAGGUUAUUACGGUUCUGCUUCUGAAGUGGACCGCCCACCCCCCCGCCGUCGGCUGGGAGGGGCUCCGGCCCCCCAGACCCCGCUGGGAAUAAGCAGUUAAGAAAAUAGAUUGAUGGAUGUUGCUGGUUUUACAGUCAUUUGCACUCUGGUCACAUUUCCUAAUAGUGACCACAAUAAAGUCCAACUGAGAGAGAAAUAGGAGUCGAGUUUUGUCUUUCUGUUCCCACAAGGAAAAGUUGUUGGCUUUUCUUUGUGGCGUUGAAAAUAAAAACUAGUAAUAAAUGUUGAGUAAACAAUAAAGAGUCAAGUAAGAAAUCUAGCAGAGAAAAUUCACUUUGACUAUAGAAAUGAUCUGAUAAGCCUACUGAAAGCCCUAUCCUACUAAAAGAAUGUUACAAUCCCCAAAUGUGCACCGUUUCAGACAUUUUCAUGUUAUUCCUGUCGGCCUGAUGAUGUCACAUGGUUACCUUUGUACUGCCUCUGUAAGAGCUGGACUGCAUUACAUCUAUUUUCAGCCAUCAAUAAAAAAUAAGAUAUUGAUCCAG